UGUCUCCUGGCUCACUCGCGCGCUCACCGCCGCGCCGUCAACACGUGAGCGCUUUCCUGUUGCCAUGGAGACGCCCAAGAGAUCCCCGGCGAUGCUUAGUUGCGUCGCCUUCGCUUUGCUCUGCAUCUCGCUGUGCAAUGGAGCUUAUUACAUCACCACCCCGCGACAGUGGAAGGCGGGCGAGGAGAACCAGGUGUGCGUCUACGUCCCCAACCCGGCGUCUCCUGAGGGCAGCCUCACCCUGAGCAUGACCUCGAGGACCUACAGGAGCGGCGAAUGGGUCACCAACACUCUCCUGGCUGGACACACCAUCCAGAUCCCGGCAGGAAAGACAGAGAAAUGCGAGGACAUCAAUCUCGAGCCAACUGAUGUCUACAGAGGUGACCUUCACCUGAUCGGCAAAGUGGGCGGAGCCGACCUGAACGAGACCCGAAACAUCAGGCUGAGGAGGAGCUACAACCUGACCUUCAUCCAGACGGACAAGUACCUGUACCAGCCAGGUCAGGAGGUCAAGUUCAGAGCCCUCACUGUGUACGGGACCAAGGCUCAGGUCGCUAUGGAGCCGUACCCGGAAAUCUGGGUCACAACGCCAUCCCGAACACGCAUCGCCCAGUGGAAAAACGUCAGCACAUCGGUCGGUCUCGUCCACCUGGCCUUCCAGCUGGCGGACGAACCCGAGGAGGGCUCCUACACCAUCCACGUCGAGGGGCCUGACGGCAGGAUGAACACCAACAGAUUCAAGGUCGAGGAGUACGUCUUGCCGCGGUUUGAGGUCAAGAUGACGCCGCCAAAAUACGUCUUGGCUUCCGAUGAAACGUUCGUCUUCAGCGUCUGUGCAAAAUACACAUUCGGACAGCCAGUGAAAGGCAACGUAUCCUUCACGUUGAACAAUGACCAAAGACGAAAGUGUCGAGUUGAAGCCACGAGGAAUGAGACAAUCACGGGCUGCAAAGACUUCGAGAUCACUGCUCAGGAGAUGCGCAUCAUCGACUGCAACGUUUACAACCUGAGAGCCUCUGCAGUGGUGGAAGAGGAGGGCACUGGUGUCACAUUCAGUGCCACAACCAGUGCCAACGUUAUGAGGACGGCCGUCAAUUUCGAGACAGUCUACGCGGAUAAUUAUAAGAAGCCGAACCUGCCUUAUACAGUCAAGGUGAGAGCUGUCCUGCCUGACAAAUCCCCCGCAGCUGGCGUCCCCGUCGAGGUGUGUGCAGCUGGCAGAUGCAAGAACAUGACGACAGCUGCCGAUGGUCUGUUCACUGCCGUCGUUUCUUCGGACAACACUAAUAGGAUUUUCAUGUCAACAUUGAACUGCCGGGCCGACAUGCACUCGUCCUCCUACUCCAGGGAACUCGAACACUACUACUCCCCCUCGAACUCCUCUCUCCUCAUCCAAGUUCCCCAAGGACAACUCAAGUGCACGCCAGGCCAGGCCGGUACCUACAACAUGCCCAUCUACUUCUCUGCCACCAACCAGCAGAAGGCCACCUUCACCGUACAGGUGAUCUCGCGAGGGAAGAUCCAGGGCUGGCAGGUCCAAGACGUGGAAAUGCUCCCUGGCUCGCUACCCAUUGACGCCGAGCACCUGGUCGACCCCAUCAGCACCCCUGCAGAAGGCACAGUCACGGGCAAGAUCGAUUUCCCCGUCUCGCUCCCGCCCACAGCUUCGCCUACAGUCGAUGUUUUGGUCUGGUACACGCGCGACGACGGCGAGGUGGUGUCGGACAGGGCCGAGCUGAAGGUGGAGAAGUGCCUGAGCUACAGUGCCAACCUCACCUGGUCGGCGGCACAGGGCCAGCCGGGGGAGGCCACCACGCUCACGGUGACGGCGGAACCCAACGCUGUGUGCUCAAUCGGCGUGGUCGACCGGAGCACCGAGCUCCUCUCCCCGCAGCCGGACCCCAUCAGCCUGGACGAGAUCUUCAGCUUCGUGGACGACAACAGGAUCUACCAGUGGAUCAACUCGCAGGUCAACGACAACGAUUACUGCCAGAAGAAGGCGUUCGAAGAGGAGAAGGCGAAGGAGGCGGCGAGCUUGGCGGCAUCCGACGGAGUAUUCGUUAUCCGUCAUCGAUCAAACUAUUACAGUUACUAUGUGGACGCGUUGAAGAUGUUUGAUGAUUCUGGCCUUUACGUGAUCUCUGACUUCACGCUCGAAACUCGGCCUUGUGAGAAGGAUGGAGGAAUUUCUUUAGGUUUUGCGAAUUAUGCAAUUCCUGGUACUCCUGGUACUCCUGGAUCUCCUGGUACUCCUGGAUCUCCUGGUACUCCUGGUACUCCUGGAUCUCCUGGUACUCCUGGAUCUCCUGGUACUCCUGGAUCUCCUGGUACUCCUGGUAAGCCCGUACCUGAAUUCGCUCCUGCGGCUAGUCCCGGACCUGAAAUCGCGAAGGAGACUGUGACGGAGGCGGACCCCGACACACCCAGGACUGAUUUCCCAGAGACGUGGCUGUGGGACCUCGUGACUGUGCCAUCAAGCGGAGUUAGCGAGCAGAAUCUCGAGCUCCCAGACACCAUCACCAAGUGGGUUGGCAAGGCCGUGUGCGCCCACCCGGAGAAGGGCGUGGGGCUGUCCGAGCGGGCGUCCAUCACCACCUUCACGCCCUUCUUCUCGGACUUGACCCUCCCGCCCUCCAUCAAGCGCGGCGAAGUCCUCCCCGUCAAGAUCUCCGUCUUUAACUACCUCGACCAGUCUCUGCCGGUUCGAGUGAUCCUUGAGGAGAGCCCUGAGUACGAGGUGGUGGAGGAUCCAGCGCUCGGAGGAACAGGCAACGAGAGGACAUCCUGCUUGGCGCCACAGGACAAGGUGGUGCACACGAUCAAGAUCCAAGCACUGGCCCUCGGCGACGUCAACCUUACAGUUUCCGCCUUCGUGGACUCCAGCAUACCCGAGGCCUGCGACACUCAGGAGCUUGUCUUGAAGAGAGAUACUCUGAUCAAACCCAUCAAGGUCGAGGCAGAGGGCUUCCCGAGGGAAGAAACUUGGACCAAGUACGUUUGCGCUGAAGAACUGGCCGAGGGCAAGGACAGCCUGGAGGUGUGGCAGGUGGCGCCGCCGGAGAAGAUCGUGGCUGACUCCGCCCGGGGGUGGGUCACGGCUGUCGGCGACCUGCUGGCUCUGUCGCUCGAGAACCUGGGCUCCCUCAUCCGCAUGCCGUACGGGUGUGGCGAGCAGAACAUGAUCAACUUCGCCCCCAACAUCUACAUCAUGCAGUACCUGGAGGCGACCAACCAGGGCACGCCGGAGAGCACGGAGAAGCUGCUCAGGUUCAUGAGAACGGGAUACCAGAGGGAGCUCCUGUACCGACGAAACAACGGAUCCUACAGCGCCUUUGGGAAUGCUGAUGACUCUGGCUCCACUUGGCUCACUGCCUUUGUCCUCAAGUCCUUCGCUCAGGCACAGCCCUACAUCUCGAUCGACGAAGAAGGCCUGGACCAUACGAAAACAUGGCUCAGCAAGUCGGAACGAGACUCCAACGGCUGCUUGGUCUCCGUCGGAAAGGUCUUCCACAAGGGCCUAAAGGGCGGGCUGGCUGACAGCGGGACGCCCGUGCCGCUGACGGCGUACGUGCUGACCGCCCUGAUCGAGGCCGGCACCCUCUCCACCGCCAGGAUCGUGACGGACGCCACUCGCUGUGUGCUCUCCGACACCUCCAGGGACCCGUACACCAUUGCCGUGAAGGCGUACGCCCUGGCCCUGGCGAAGCACCCCGAAGGACAGACGCUCCUGCAGCAGCUGAUCGACAUGGCUGUGGUGGAGGAAAACGCCAUGUACUGGGAAACGUCGACAGGAAGUUAUAAGAGCAAUGCCCUUUCCGUGGAGACCGCUGGGUAUGCCAUCCUAGCUAUGAUGGCCCAGGAUCCCGAGCAGCACAUCCUGAACGCGAGGAAAGUGGUCAAGUGGAUCACCACCAAGAGGAAUGGCCUUGGAGGGUUCUUCUCCACACAGGACACAGUCGUGGCUCUGCAGGCCAUGGCCAGCUACGAGACCAACACGCACCAAGGACCCUUGGAUGUCGCGGCCACUGUCACUGCCCAGGACUUCUCUCACUCCUUCACUGUCAACGAAAACAACAAACUCCUGCAGCAGCUCCAGAAGCUGCCGACUUUCCCGACCGACGUCACCGUCAACAUAGAAGGCCAAGGGUGUGCUGUGAUGCAGGCUGUCCUCCGCUACAACAUCCCCGAGCCGGAAGCCAGCGACGCCUUCGACCUCAACGUCACGGCGACCAACGACCCAAGCGGCGGCUGCAUCUCCAAGCGAGUCAAGGCCUGCUCCAGCUACCUCCUCCCCGACGGCAAGUCCAACAUGGCCGUCAUCGAAGUCAACCUCAUUUCUGGCUUUAUUCCGGAGAAGGAGGACCUCAAGUCAGUCGUAAACCGAAACCAUAAGGUGGUCAAGCGCUACGAGGUGGAUGGCAGCAAAGUGUCCUUCUACAUCGAGGAGUUCAAGGCCGGAGAGGAAGUGUGUGUCAGCUUCCGCAUCUUGCGUGAGGUGGAGAUCGAGAACACCAAGCCCGGCUCGGUGGUCGUCUACGAUUAUUAUCAGCCCGAGUUCGCUGUCAGCAAGAGUUACAGCUUCCCGGCCAUUGACGGAUGCACGCGGUGAGGCGAAGGCAGCUGUCUCAAAAGCAUAGCAGACAACCGCAUCACUUGCACUCUCUUUUCUCAUCUGUUAUUGCAUAUGUGUCAUGAUUAUGAAGGAAAAGAAAUCAAUUAGAAGAAAAAUGAAAAUGUGAUGGGAAAGAAGAAUGACAACAUAGGUUAUAUUAGAACGGUGUUAACGGUGUGGAAGGCCUUUAUCCACUAACUUCCCUCUUAUUAUAAAUGAAGCCUGGGUUAUACAAAGACAUCUUAACUCAAGCAGCAAUGCUUCCAAAACUGCCACAGACAGUUUUGAGAAGCUAAAGCUGUUACAUACUCUUAAAAAAUCCUAAAUACGACAUCUAACAGCUGCCCUC